AUGAUGUACCCCACGACGACCCGCUCGCCCGAGUUCCUCGGCCUGAGGAAGGACGCCGGCUUGUGGGCGAAAUCUAGCUACGGCAAAGGGAUCAUCAUCGGGGUGAUCGACUCCGGCAUCGAGUCGCGCCAUCCCUCGUUCGACGACGCCGGCAUCUCGCCGCCGCCCGCCAGGUGGAAGGGCGCGUGCACGGGCGGUGUCGUCUUUGUGACUUCUGCUGGCAACAAAGGCCCCAACCCGUCCACCAUCAAGAACGAUUCGCCGUGGGAGAUCACGGUGGCCGCCGGGUCGGUGGACCGGAGGCUCGCCGCCGACUUUGUGCUGGAGUCGGGCGACCUAGUGGAAGGAGAGGCGCUGGUGCAGGGGGCCAACUCGACCGCUUACCAACCCCUUCACUACCCCGGUGAGGGUAACCUGUGCAAGAACGUGAGCGCCGACCGCACCAGGGGCCACAUCCUGAUAUGCGAUUAUGCCCGGGUUAAUGUUGAUGCUCAGGCCCGCAUCAUCAAAAAUCUCUACGACAAUGGCGCGGCUCAAGUCGCGCUCAUCGGCCGGGAGAGAUCUGGUUUCACCUUGGGCUUCAAGGAGUACGGGUCCUCCGUCGUGCAGGAGCCCGCCGCCGUCGGCCGCAAGCUCAAGGACUACAGCCAGUACCCGGACUCCGCGGCACAGGUGUUCUUCAAGGGCACGCGGCUCGGCAUCGGGCAGUCGCCCACGGUCGCGUACUUCUCUAGCCGUGGCCCGAGCCGCAACAACCCGCAAAUCAUGAAGCCCGACAUCCUGGCGCCCGGGCUCAACAUCCUCGCCGCCGCCACCGCGAGCCCAGACCGGGGGCCUUUCAGAUUCAAGUCCGGAACAUCGAUGGCGGCGCCGCACGUCAGCGGCGUGGUCGCCCUUCUCAAGAGCUUGCACCCGGACUGGUCGCCGGCGGCCAUCAGGUCAGCCAUGAUGACCACGGCCGAUGACCUGGACAACGACGGCAACCGGAUCAUGAACGAGAAGCACCAGCCGGCGAGCGCCUUCGCUCUAGGCGCGGGGCACGUCAACGCCACGCGGGCCGUCGAUCCGGGCCUCGUCUAUGACCUGGAGGUCAGAGACUACGCUGGGUACGUUUGCCAUCUUUUCGCCAAGCUCGACGACGACGACGACUACUACGCCCUGCAAGACAUCAUCCAGGACUUGAACUUGAAUUGCAAGAUCGUUCCCCCUGUGUCGGACGUCGACCUCAACUACCCGAACAUCGUGGUGCCGGCCAACACCACGGUGCGGCGGACGCUGACGAACAUGGGGCCCGUGGAGCAGUACACAGGCAGGCUGUCCAUGGACCAUGACGUGGGGCUGGAUUUCUCGCCGAAGUCGCUGACCUUCUCGCGGCCCGGGGAGAAGCUCACCUUCCAAGUAAGCCAUCAUGGGGCCGAGGUUGCACAAGGAUUCUUGAUCUGGGAGUCGGAUACGCACACGGUCCAAAGCCCACUCGUCGUCGUGCGUUCGUGA